UACUCAGUGGCAGUGGCAGAGACAGUGAAUGGCAGUAUAUAUUUUGCUGGAGCUCCCAGGUUCAACCACACUGGGCUGGUCCUGGUCUUCCAGAGGGACCCUCUCCAUCAGGAGUGGACUGUCACCCACAGGAUACCCGGAUCUCAGGUGAGAGAAAGACCAGAGCCAAUGGGGCAAUCAGAAUACAAUCAGACGGCAACCAGAAUGCAAAGUCGUCAUUACCAUGUUGCUCUUUACCUAAUAAUGUUUCCCUCCAAUGUUUCCCUCUUUCUCUCCCUCUCUGUUUUCUCUCUUCCCUCUCCAUAGUUUGGUUCCUACUUCGGGGCAGAGCUGUGUGUGUUAGAGAGCCAUGCUGGGCCAGGGGAGGGCCGUGCUGGGCUGCUACUGGUUGGGGCUCCUUGGUAUCACGCCCAGGAUGUUGGGGGAGAGGUCCAUGUCUGUACCCUGGAGACUGGAGUAAGAUUGGCUACAUAACACCCCAUACAUACACGAAGGACAGAAUUAAAUAGAACACAGUAUUGCAUGUCUAUGGUUUGGUCAAUAUCAUAGUAAACCAACCAAUUCAGUAGUAGAUUCAUUGUGCAUGAUCAAUUCAUGAAUGGAGUUACGAUUCAAGUUGACUACUUUCUCGUCUGAAUGACUCCAACCAACACUGCUGUGUUCAUAUACAGCUUACUAACACUCAAACACUUACAGUACAGGAUGUCAGACACACAUUGCACACUGACACAGACCACAUGCCACAAUUGCACACUGCCGUUACUAUAGGUGCUUCCUGUGUGUGUGUGUGUGUGAGCGUGCGUGCGUGCGUGCGUGCGUGCGUGCGUGCGUGCGUGCGUGCGUGUGUGCGUGUGCACGACACGUGUGUGAUUGUUGCUUCAUGCACACAAUGAAAUCCUUGAAGAUACAGUCCAUUCGGAAAGUAUUCAGACACCUUCCCUUUCCCCCCCAUUUUGUUAGGUUACAGCCUUAUACUAAAAUUGAUAAAAUUAUUUUUUCCCCUCAUCAAUCUACAAACAAUACCCCAUAAUGACAAAGUGAUUAAAAAAAAGAAAAAUAGUUGUAAAUAUAUUUAAAAUAAAAAACAGAAAUACCUUAUUUACAUAAGUAUUCAGACCCUUUGCUAUGAGACUCGAAAUUGAGUUCUGGUGCAUCCUGUUUCCAUUGAUCAUCCUUGAGAUGUUUCUACAACUUGAUUGGAGUCCACCUGUGGUAAAUUCAAAUGAUUGGACAUGAUUUGGAAAGGCACACACCUGUCUAUAUAAGGUCCCACAGUUGACAGUGCAUGUCAGAGCAAAAACCAAGCCAUGAGGUUGAAGGAAUUGCCCGUAGAGCUCAGAGACAGAUCUGGGGAAGGUUACCAAAACAUUUCUGCAGCAUUGAAGGUCCCCAAGAACACAGUGGCCUCCAUCAUUGUUAAAUGGAAGAAGUUUGGAACCACCAACAUUCUUCCUAGAGCUGGCCACCUGGCCAAACUGAGCAAUCGGGGGAGAAGGGCCUUGGUCAGGGAGGUGAUCAAGAACCCGAUGGUCACUCUGACAGAGCUCCAGAGUUCUUCUGUUGAGAUGAGAGAACCUUCCAGAAGGACAACCAUUUCUGCAGCACUCCGCCAAUCAGGCCUUUAUGGUAGAGUGGCCAGACGGAAGCCACUCCUCAGUAAAAGGCACAUGACAGCCCGCUUGGAGUUUGCCAAAAGGCACCUAAAGGACUCUCAGACCAUGAGAAACAAGAUUCUCUGGUCUGAUGAAACUGAAUAUAAACUCUUUGACCUGAAUGCCAAGUGUCACGUCUGGAGGAAACCUGGCACCAUCCCUACGGUGAAGCAUGGUGGUGGCAGCAUCAUGCGGUGGGGAUGUUUUUCAGGGGCAGGGACUAGGAGACUAGUCAGGAUCAAGAGAAAGAUGAACGGAGCAAAGUACAGAGAGAUCAUUGAUGAAAACCUGCUCAGGACCUCAGACUGGGGCGAAGGUUCACCUUCCAACAGGACAAAUACUCUAAGCACACAGCCAAGACAACACAGGACUGACUUCGGGACAUGUCUCUGAAUGUCCUUGAGUGGCCCAGCUAGACUUGAACCCGAUCUAACAUCUCUGGACAGACCUGAAAAUAGCUGUGCAGCAAUGCUCCCCAUCCAACCUGACAGAGCUUGAGAGGAUCUGCAGAGAAGAAUGGGAGACACUCCUCAAAUACAGGUGUGCCAAGCUUGUAGCGUCAUACCCAAGAAGACUCUAUGCUGUAAUCGCUGCUAAAGGUGCUUCAACAAAGUACUGAGUAAAGGGUCUGAAUACUUAUGUAAUUGUGAUAUUUCAGUUUUUUAUUUGUAAUACAUUUGCAAAGAUUUCUAAAAACCUGUUUUUGCUUUGUCAUUAUGGGGUAUUGUGUGUAGAUUGAUGAGGGGAAAAACGAUUUAAUCAAUUUUAGAAUAAGGCUGUAACGUAACAAAAUGUGGAAAAAUUCAAGGGCUCUGAAUAAUUUCCGAAUUGAUUGUAUAUCAGUUCCUUGUCAUUUGUAUUAUCAUGAGUCAUUUCACAAUUUUUUUGGUCAUAGUUAGUUUGACUUCGAGAAACUGUAUCAAAUUGCGUUAUACCCCCUCAGCCACCCUACUGCUGCCAAUUCAAUCAAUUUGGGACUUUUUCCUUGUGUAAGCCCGUGUAGCUCAGUUGGUAGAGCAUGGCGUUUGCAACGCCAGGGUUGUGGGUUCGAUUCCCACGGGGGGCCAGAAUGAAAAUGUAUGCACUCACUAACUGUAAAUUGCUCUGGAUAAGAGCGUCUGCUAAAUGACUAAAAUGUAAAUGUAAGCCGUAUCACUGGAUUGCUGUUAUUGAUCACCCCUCCUACUUCCUUAGUUUGCGGAUGCCUACCUGAAUUCGAUUUGAUUCAAUUCUAGACACCCAACUGCUCCCUCACCCUGCGUGGAGUCCAGGGGAAUGUCCAUGGUCAGUUUGGGACGUCUCUGUCUGCCUGUCCAGACCUGAACGGGGACGGGGUGCCGGAGCUGGCUGUAGGAGCCCCACUGGAGAACAGAGGACAGGGGAGUGUUUACAUCUUCCUGGGACGCCCUUGGGGCAUACAGGCCAAAUACAGUCAGGUCAGUACUAAAUAG